AUGAAAUUCACAGUGUCAAUCUUCAUCUCAAUCUUCCUUCUCGUUUCCAGUCUCAUACUGGUUUCUCCAAUAAAUGGAAUGAAGAUCGAGAGAAGAUUCAUUGGCUCGGUUCACAAAGGAUAUCAGUGCGUCAAGAAGAAGCACAACAUGUAUGAUAUCAAUCCCACCCUCAAAAGCGCCUGUAAAGCAUACAUCAAGAGGAAACAAAAGAAAAUCUUCUAUAUAUACUUUAUCAACAGGACGGUUUUCAAGCGGUUUUCCGAGUCCAAGAAAUUUGGAUUUCCACCCGAUACGCAAAUCACACCGGUGCUACCCAAAGGCCUCGAAGUCAGCACCUAUGAUCAUAUUAUUUUCUCCCCGUCGAACUGCACACUUCUCGGCCUAGCCCACGAGAAUGAUAAUGAAAAAAAAAACGGGGCCUUCAGUCUUUGCAAGUAUCUUGUUUGGCGCAGUACCUGGAAAGAUUAUCUUCUACCACCCUAG